UACAAGUCUGGCGCAUCUUCCCCAGAGCCAACCUUAACUGCCCUCUGGUUUUGCUCUACUCCUCCCAAUACUUCAGCUGAUGCUGCCCAUUGAAAGUACUGUUUAUUUCUGUUGAGCUGCUAGUGUUCAGAUCUUGCUUUUUCACAAAACUCUCAAAAUACCAUCAACCCCCCACAUGGCCAUUUUUAUCAGGGUAGUGCUUUUUCCUAUCUGUUCUGUCCAUCAAAGCUGCUUACUAGCUCCUCAGGGACAAACCCAGGCAGAUCCUCUGCGAAAGUAGCGAGCUGAAUCCUGCCUACAGGCAAGGCCAAGUGGCAGCUCCAGCUUAAAAUCAGACUCUCCUCUGAACACAAAGAUCACUCUCACUCUCAUCUUGCUCAGGUGCUAAAGCUCAUAGUCCAGCAGCAAUAUUUAUUGCAGAAGUGCUGAUUUUUCAGUCCCAAUUUCUUGUCUUCCAACAAUGCCUCUGAAUCACACGGUUACAUCUAAGAGCAAAAUGUAAUCCGGCGGGUUGACAACUUUACCAUAAGUACUUGUUAACUGGUCAGACAUGGUAUCUUACUUUUAGUUUUUCAUCCGAAGUAAUGCCACCACCACUUGCAUUUUAAAUCAGUUCCUGGCCUGAAACAAGAGGGCUGUUACUGGCUGCUUCUGUCCAGGCUUUCCUGUGUUUAAUUAGGUACAAGGGGAACCGAGUGGCUUUUCCUUCCUGUUGCUCCUGGAAGAAGAAAAUUAUAGAAAGAGGCACAGAGGGAUAGGUGAGAAUGAGAACAAAGAAGUGUCAUGCAUGACAGCACAGAUUCUGUGGUUGUCCCUUGCUCAUGCAAGCCUCAGCUGCAGUGUUGCUUAUUGUAAUAAAUUUGUACCUGGCACAAGUGUGAGCUGUAUGUAAGUCAUAGUCUCCUUCUUAGGAUUUGCAUAGAUAUCAUGCUGAAUAGUGGCAUAAUAUUAUAACUUGAUUUAAACAUAAACUUGACAAGCAUUUCAGAACAGCUGUAAAAUGGUUAUCAAAGAGAAAGAAAGAAAAGAAGGAAAGCGAGAAAGCAUUUUAACACUUGCUUUCUGCAAGCCCAAUUACUUCCAAGUGCCAGCACUAUUCAAAGACUUGGGAUUUUGUUUUUGCAAAGUCUGAUUUUAUUUUCAGUCUAACAUCCAUCAGCACAGGGAAUUGAUCAGAAAGCACCCAUCCCAAGGGAGCCUCACAUACCAAGCCCAGUUCUGCCCAACGCAAGCUGAUUUAUCACAUUCCUUAAAUGAUUCAUCAAUGCCUUCAAUGGCUACUGGUGACUGGUUUUGCUGUAAAAGCAGGAUCACUUGUUAAGGGGGAAUGUGAGAAUCUGCCAGGAGGCUGUGGGCCUACUUAAAAUCUGUUAGGACUGGGCAGAUGAACAGACUGGAUUUCUAGGAUCAUGGGUCAUGUAAGUAAGUACAGUUACUUAGUUUCUGCAGGGGUUUUGGUUUUCCUGUCUCUGUUUUGCCUGGCCAAUGGUGGAAAGCUGUUGGUGGUGCCAGUGGAUGGGAGUCACUGGGUCAGCAUGCACUCAGUGCUGGUGGCCCUCAGCCAGAAAGAGCACAAAAUUGUCAUUGUCGCACCUGAAGUAAACUUGAACGUGAAGGCAUCUGAUUAUUACACUCUCAAAAUGUAUCCAGUGCCUUUAACUAGGGAAGAACUGGGAGCAAGCAUGCAUUCAUUUGCUAGCGAUAUUUUUGCGAGAAGACCUUUUCUUCAGAGAAUUACUGCACUUUAUGAAAAAGUUCAGGUAAUCUCCGAUCUCUAUGUCUCCUCCUGUACCAGUUUACUGCACAAUAAGGAUCUGAUGCAAUAUCUUGACGGGAGUAAAUUUGAUGCUGUUCUCACUGAUCCUGGACCAUGGGGACAAAUACUGGCUCUGCGUCUCUCUAUCCCAUCUGUUUUCUUUUUAUGGGGACUCCCGUGCAGUUUUGAUUUGCAAGCUACCCAGUGUCCAGAUCCCCCUUCCUACGUUCCAAGAACAUUUACAGACAACUCAGACCGCAUAAUGUUUAUCCAGCAAGUGGAAAACUUCUUUCUCAAGUCAUCAGAAUCCUUUCUUUGCAAUUUUUCCUAUCUGCCAUUUGAACUUCUGGCCUCAGAUAUUCUCCACAGACCAGUAACAGUGAGGGAGCUCUUAAGCCAUAGAUCCAUUUGGCUUAAAAGAAUCGAUUUUGGUUUUGCGUAUCCUGUGCCAGUGAUGCCCAACAUAGUUUUCAUUGGAGGUAUCAACUGUGGAAAGAAAAAGCCAUUAUCUGAGGUCAGUGAUUUCCUUGAUAAAAUAUAUCUCCCCACUCUUGAAGGUGUCCUUAAAAUUCUGGUGCACACUGUCAACCUCCAUAGCAAAUUACUGUAUGAUCAAAAUUAUCUCUGUGCAAGAAUUUUCAUAAUUAGGCUGAUUGUCUGCACAUCCUGUCUAGACAUUAGUGUUUGCUUUUGUGGCCCUGGGGCGUGGUCUUCCCAGGCUGAUCUAGAACAGUAUUUCUGAGUUGCUAAUCCAGUUUUAAAUAUAUCUGGCAAAAAACAUGCCCUUGUCCUUCCUCCUUCCAGCCCCUACUUCAUGCUUACAACAAGAGGCCUUUUAGAGAAAUGAACAUUGGUAGCCAAUUUUCCAUUUUCAUUACAAUAUCAAGGUAUAAAACUGGUAAAGAAAGCAGACCAUUUCCCAUUUGAAGCAAUAAUAUUUUUCUAAUCUUAUAAAUACCCAAUAAUCUGGACUGGCAGGAGGGGAGGAAUUCUCUUAUACUGAAAAUUCUUGUUUGGAAAAUGAAUCUGUUAAUCAGCACUUUUGAGCAGACUGCUUGUUGAAGGAUUCCUCAUUUCCUAAAAUCCCAGUGUCCUCCAAUAUAAAGAGGUGGGUAUUUCCCAGUCUCGCACUUACUCUGCUUACUAUCUACUAAACUGGCUGUAC